GAGCCGCGCUGACGCAUGCGCACGGCCGACGGCUCCGGUUCGGCUCCACUCGUCUCGGCCCGUGGCGCCUACUGGACCGGAGGGCGGGCCGUGAUGGCCGUGGGUACGGGCACCUCGCUGGCGCUGUCGUCCCUCCUGUCCCUGCUGCUGUUCGCCGGGAUGCAGAUGUACAGCCGCCAGCUGGCCUCCACCGAGUGGCUCACCAUCCAGGGCGGCCUGCUGGGCUCCGGGCUCUUCGUCUUCUCUCUCACCGCCUUCAACAACCUGGAGAAUCUGGUCUUUGGCAAAGGAUUCCAAGCCAAGAUCUUCCCUGAGAUUCUCCUCUGCCUCCUGUUGGCUCUCUUUGCGUCGGGCCUCAUUCACCGAGUCUGUGUCACCACCUGCUUCAUCUUCUCCAUGGUCGGCCUGUACCACCUCAACAAGAUCUCCUCCGCGCUGUACCAGGCGGCAGCUCCGGUCCUCACACCAGCCAAGGUCACGGGGAAGGGCAAGAAGAGAAACUGACCCUGAACAUCCAAUAAAGUUGAUUCUUUGUAGUCCUGGGA